AUGACGUGCGUCCUCAUCUUUGGAGGAAUCACGGGAUGGAUCGGACAAAUGAUGAAUCAACUCUGCCAAGACAAGGGAAUUGCGGUGCACAACGCCGAAUCCCGCAUCGAGAACCGUGGAGACGUCGAGGCCGAGCUCGACCGUAUCAAGCCUUCGCACGUCCUCAUGUCCGCCGGUAUUACGGGACGUCCCAACAUUGACUGGUGUGAAGACCAUAAACCGGAAACCAUGCGUGUGAACGUCAUUGGGACCUUGAACGUGGCCGAUGUCUGCUACACCCGGGGCAUUCACUGUACCGUAUACGCGACGGGGUGUAUUUUCAAGUACGACGACGCACACCCGCUGGGUUCCGGCAUUGGCUUUACCGAAGAAGACGUACCCAAUUUUGACGGGUCCUUUUACAGUAAGACCAAGGGAUUCAUGGAGCCCAUGCUCAAGGAGUACCCCAACUGUCUGAUUCUCCGCGUACGCAUGCCCGUCUCGGACGAUCUCUUCCACCGUAACUUUGUCACCAAGAUUGCCAAGUACGAAAAGGUUGUGGACGUUCCCAACUCCAUGACUAUUCUGCACGAAAUGCUUCCGGCAAGUCUCGCCAUGGCGCAAAAGGGUCUCACCGGGGUCUAUAACUUUACCAAUCCCGGUGUCAUUUCACACAAUCAGGUCCUGGACCUCUUCAAGAAGUACAUCGACCCCAACUUUACCUACAGCAAUUUUUCGGUGGAGGAGCAGGCCAAGAUCCUCAAGGCUGCACGUUCCAACAACGAGCUUGACACCACCAAACUUAUGCGUGAUGUGCCCGAAGGUGUCGAAAUUAACGACAUUCUGACAGCCUUUGAUAAAUGUUUUCAGCGAAUGAAGGUUAAUUUGGAAGCCAUGGGAUGGUUGCCCGACAACCUCCCGGCCGAGUUUACUCACAAGGUCAAUGGUGGAACCGGCAAACCGAUUGAAAAGAAGGAGUAAUACCUUACCCUAAAGGGAACCUCUUUCCAAUUU